GAUUAAGUUAUGCUGCUAUAUUUCAAAUUGGAUUAAGAAGAAUUAUGAAAUAAUAUAGGGACAAGAGAUUGAAUUGAUGAAAGUGGCCGUCAACAUUAUGGAUUUUAUCAUGAAAAAAUUGUUACGCCAAAAUGCUAUGUACAUGUGAGAAUUAUAUGACAUUUUGCAAUAAGUGAACAAACUUCGAAUUAAGUAUGUUGUUUCAAAAAUUCUUCAAAUUUGCUUUGAUUUUCACAAUGUGCAUGACAAACUUAGUUUUUGGAUCAUCACCAUUUGUAUCAUCGUCUUCUCAAACGAUACCAUCAUCAUCAUCUACAAAAACAUUAUCAAUUAACAAAUCAGUAAAAAAACGUGGAAUCGCUUUAUACGGUGAUGAAUAUUCUGUAUUGCCAAUUGAUGGAAUAAAAUUUUCACCUGGUUACCCUUUGGCACCAUGGGCAAAUCCAUCUGUUCAUGUGGCACCCUCUCCCGCACAAGUAGCUGGAGCUAUAUCUCAGGCAAAGCAAGCAUCCGCAAACGUUUUAAUAGCACAACAGCAAGUACAAGCUGCCAAAGAAAAUGUAUUAAAUCAACAACGAAUUGCAAUGGAAAAAGAAGCUACAGCUUCCCUUUUAACACAAAAGAGUGAAGCAGCUGCUGCUAUUCAACGAUCGGAAGCUGCUGCUGCAGCCCAAGCUGUUGUAUUGGCGCAACAGAGACUUGCAGCCGCAAAAGCGAAUGUUGCUCAUCAACAAAAAAUUGCAGCUCUUAAAGAAGCAAAUGCUGCCCAAGCCUUGCAAAAUUCGGCACGUGCAGCUGCAGCUGAAAUACAACGUACUGAACAUGAAGCAUCAAAAUAUGCAAAUAUACAUCGUACUGGUGCUGCUGCAUCAUUUCAUCAUUUAACAGCAACAAAAGAUGCUGCUGUUGCACCACUUACAUCUGGUUCUAAUCAUAUACCAAAUUUAAGUGUAUUAAAUUUUGAAAAUGGUGGCGGCAUGAAUUCUGUACCAUCUGUUUGGGUUCCAAAUAGUAUUGCAAGUAUUUCAUCUAUUGAAGCUGGUAAAUCAGCACAUGUACCAUGGUAA